UUUUUUGAGUUAUGAGACAUUGACGAAGUUGUUUUUGAGGGUUUGUGGCUUAUAAUGAACGUUUUUGUGCCUUUAAGUAUUCUAUAAGAACGGUAGUUUAACUUCGUGAUAAUUGUCUCCAUGGUUAGUCGGUUGGGCUUAGGUUUUAACACUGUCUAUCAACCAGAGGUUGAUGGUUCGAUAUCUGUCGUUGGUAAUAGGUUAUUUUUCUCUUUUUAUGAUGAAGUUGACUUCGCUGGGAUAUCUUUUUUCCUUUUUUUCUACAAUUAAUUCAUAUUCCUUUUUAAGAAAAUCCCGCGAUCGAGAAGACAUUCGAGAACAAAAAACAGCAGUAGAUGAAGUAGGAAUUGCUGGAAUUUACAAACCUAGAACUCAAGAAACUCGCAAUACUUUUGAAGUUUUUCUGUCAUUAAUUCAAGAAAUCAUCGGUGAUCAACCACGAGAAAUAUUGCAUGGAGCUUCACACGAAAUUCUUUUAAUAUUAAAAUCUGAUUCAAUCCGGGAAAAAGAAAAGAAAAAGGAAGCAGAAGAUUUAUUUUCAACAAAAUUGACAGAAGAACGUUUUGCUUUAUUAACUAAUUUGGCUAAAAAGAUUACUGAUUUUAAUCCUGAUGAUGAAGAUGAAAAGAGGGAUAUUAUGGAUGAUAUUGACGAAACAGCAGGUGUUCCAGUACAUUUUGAUUCAGAUGAAGAAGAUGAUCGAAUGGUAACAGAACUAAAAGAAGAUAAAAGUGAGGAUGAAGAUGUUGGUGUUGAAGCUAUUUAUGAAGGAACAUUACGUACUGCUGAGGGUUCUGGUGGUGGUAAAGCUAAUGGAAUUGGAGAGAAGAAACAAUUAAAUCCGCGAGAUAUAGAUGCUCAUUGGGUUAAACGUUAUUUAUCAAAACAUUUUGAUCCUAAUGAAAGUCAACAAAAAACACAAGAAGUUUUGAAUAUUUUAAAGAAUUCCGUUGAUGACCGUGCAUGUGAAAAUUCUUUGGUUUUAUUACUUGGCUUUACCCAUUUUGAUUUUAUUAAACAACUUUGUCAAAAUCGUCAUAUGAUUUAUUAUUGUACAAGAUUAAAGCAAACACAAGGAGAGGAAAGAGAAGCUAUAGAAAAUGAAAUGGCUAGUAAACCUGAACUGAAAAAUAUUUUGGAUGAGUUGAUAGAAGUUAGAGAAGAUGAUAUUGUUGCGACUGAACGUGGCAAAAGAGAUAAAGCAGCCCAACAACGCCGUAUGAAUGAAGCAGCACAAGAAGCAGUCGCAGCAGCAAGUUGGACACAACAAAGAAAAGUUUAUGAUUUGGAAGAUAUGGCAUUUGCACAAGGAUCACAUACUAUGAGUAACAAAAAAUGUGUUUUGCCAGAUGGAUCACAAAGAACACAAAAGAAGAGUUAUGAAAGUAUUUAUGUUCCUCCAUUGAAGCCUAAACCUUUUGGAGAAAAUGAGAAAUUAAUGGACGUUGAAGAUUUACCAAAAUGGGCACGUCCAGCAUUUAAAGGAUAUCGAACAUUAAAUAGAAUUCAAUCAGCAAUAUACAAAAAAGGUUUACAUACAGACAACAAUUUGUUAGUUUGUGCCCCAACUGGCGCUGGAAAAACAAAUGUUGCUUUACUUUGUAUUUUACGUGAAAUGUCAAAACAUAUGAAUGAAGAUACAACAAUUAGAAAAGAUGAAUUUAAAUGUAUUUAUGUUGCCCCAAUGAGGUCGUUAGUACAAGAAAUGGUUGGAAGUUUUAAACAAAGAUUGGAAGAAGCUUAUGGAAUUACUGUUGGUGAAAUGACUGGGGAUGUUCAAAUGAGUAAAGAACAAUUUAUGUUAACUCAAUUAAUUGUUUGUACUCCAGAAAAAUAUGAUAUUAUAACACGAAAAGGUUUGUGA